CUCUUGUUAUUUUUCGUAGAAUUCGCUGCUUUUGGUCAAUUAGUACCAUUACAGUUAAUGUCUAUUGUGAUGGAUAUCCUGAACGUAUUCGUAUCAUCCUAUCAUGACAAUCUGGGCGAAUGGUUACAAUUCCUUCUGUUGAGGCUCCUUCAUAAGAGUGGAAUCGAGAUUUUGCCAACCCAACCGUUGAAUAUGGCUUUGAAAGCUGUCCGUACUACAUUCCGACCGGAACUUCAAUUAAUAGCUAUUUGCAAGAAUAUUCAGGAUCCCAUUCAAACACCGCCAGUGAAGGUGAAAGGUGCAACGCUUAACUAUUUGCAUGAAUUAUUACAAGGAAUGGAACAAGGAGCAAGUCUUAGUCGUGACGAAGUACGAGCAGCGGUUCAUAAGAUAUUUCAGUGGAUGGAGGAUCCAAAGAACGUUUCCAUUAAAGUUGCUUGUGAACGUGUAAUAUACGAUUUCUUCUCGUUGAACACUGCUGAUUUCUCGACGAUCCUUUCCAGCUAUCCACCACAGUGGCGUGAAUUUGCAUAUAGUCUGCUGAAGAAGAAUAAACCGAGGUCAGUACGGAAUGAACAAAAUCAUGCUCUUCAAACACUACAACAAAUGGUUAGUGAAGGUUCACUGACGACCUGGGAGGAGAAUUUCAAACCAAUCAUCUUACACAUUUUCAACGUACUGGCGGUGAACGAUAUAACGUUGAAGCGAAGUGCACUGAAGUUGCUUACGAAAAUCUGUGUUGCGCAGGCUACGAAGUUUUACGAUCUUGCUGAGAUGACCCUCUUCAAGGUGCUGGAUUCAAUUUCGGAAGAGGAAAAUCCCCAGCUUUUGAAUGUAGCUGAUGAAUGCCUGCGGACUUUAGCGACACACUUCCCGCUACACGUUGUCAUUCGUGCGACCAAGCCUAUUAUUAACGAUAAUCGAGUUGGUCCCGCUUUGAAAAUGUUAACUCGUCUCAUCGAGUCUCUAGAUGUUGAAGAGCUGACGGCUAGAUUACCAGAAAUAGCGCCGGGAGUUGUUAAUUGUUAUUCAAAUCCGCAGUCGAGUGUUCGCAAGUCGACUGUGUUCUGUUUGGUGGCUAUGGUGAACAAACUUGGUCGAGAGCCUGUAAAUCCGUACCUGGCCCCGCUUUCCAAUAGCAAAGUAAGCUUCAUCACUUUUUCAGAUUGCUCCACACAUAAAUUGAAGUUGUUGUUUACAUUGGUAACCGUCGGACUAUUUUAUUGA